AAAUAGAAGUAAAAAGAGGGUAUAGUGACCGGUGAAGCAGAGGGAAAAUUGAAGAGAAAGAAAACAGUUGAUUCCGAGAACCAAGAGUGAAAUCCAAGCUUCAAAUUUACCAUGGAUGUGAUCAAAACGCAGCAAAUCUCAUCUCGAUCGAUCGAGAAGGUGGUGGUUCAUCCAUUGGUUUUGCUCAGCAUCGUCGACAACUACAACAGAGUCGCCAAGGACACACGCAAGCGCGUCGUCGGCGUCUUGCUAGGUUCCACUUUUAAAGGCACCGUCGACGUUUCCAACAGCUACGCUGUGCCCUUUGAAGAAGAUGACAAGGAUCCUAGCAUUUGGUUUCUCGACCACAAUUACCACGAAGCAAUGUUUUCCAUGUUUAAGAGAAUAAAUGCAAAGGAGCACGUCGUGGGGUGGUAUAGCACCGGUCCAAAAUUGCGUGAAAAUGACCUCGACAUUCAUGGGUUAUUUAAUGACUAUGUUCCAAAUCCAGUGUUGGUUAUAAUUGAUGUUGAACCUAAGGAGUUAGGAAUUCCUACAAAAGCAUACUAUGCUGUUGAGGAAGUUAAAGAGAAUGCUACCCAGAAAAGCCAAAAGGUCUUUGUGCAUGUGCAAUCAGAGAUAGCUGCUCACGAGGUUGAGGAAAUAGGAGUGGAACACUUGCUUAGGGAUGUAAAAGAUACAACCAUCAGCACUCUUGCAACCGAGGUGAGUGGGAAACUCACAGCCUUGAAAGGUUUGGAUGCAAGGCUUAAAGAGAUAAGGAGUUACCUUGAUCUUGUUAUUGAUGAAAAGCUUCCCUUAAACCAUGAGAUCCUAUACCAUCUACAGGACGUGUUCAACCUGCUACCAAAUCUGAACGUAUCCGAUCUUAUCAAGGCUUUUGCAGUGAAAACCAAUGAUAUGAUGCUGGUAAUAUACCUAUCAUCUCUCAUUAGAAGUGUAAUUGCACUCCACAACUUGAUUAACAACAAGAUGCUCAACAAAGAACAUGAAAGAGCAGAAGACUCAAAAUCUGUACCGGUUCCAAGUGCAGCUGCAUAAGGUUUGAGGGUUGUAAUGGUUUGAGCUCUAAAAGCACCAUGAUUGAUUCCAUGGACCGAGAUUCUUACAACUUAAUUGCUUUUGUCGGUCUUAAGCAUUUCUGAUAGGGUAGAGAAAUACAUGUAACAUGCUGGCAUAACGAUCCUUUUGCAUUAUUUAUCUAUUUCACUCUCCUAUCCUAUGAUCAUAUCCUUAGUUUAGUAUCUUUGUUAACAUCUAUUGAAUAACUUUGUUGAAAAUUGAUCAUGAUAUCAGGAAUCAAAUGUAUCCUUAAUUUUUUAUUAUUA